UUAACCGUGUGAGGAGGAAUGCAGCGAAUCCUUCAGACGUCCUGCGCCUGCUGAAGCAGCCCGCGGGGCCAACCCGUAAUGUUGCCCGUGCCGCAGACUAUAUGGAUGUGUCUGUGAAACUGAUCAAGAGAUCUCUGGAAAGACGUCACAAACGCUCCAUCAACGCCACAGAUCUGAUCUCUGAGGAGGAUCUGCAGUUCAUUGCUGAACUGACGGGCUGCUCUCCCCGACAUCGCAUCCCUCCUUGCAUGACAACUCCCAAUUUGGACAGGUUUCGCACUGCAAGCAGCACCUGCAACAACAGAAAAAACACUCGCUGGGGAUCUGCUAACACACCUUUAACCCGCUGGCUCCCUGCUGAAUACCAGGAUAAAAUCUCUCUGCCCAAAGGCUGGAACCCUGAGCGGAAAGUCAACAGACAUUUUCUUCCAUUGGUAAGAGAAGUCUCCAACCAUAUUUUGCGCACAGCAAACGCUGAUGUGGAGAGUGACCCACUCUACACUCACCUGGUGACAAUCUUCGGCCAGUGGACUGACCACGACCUGACCUUCACUCCUCACUCUCCUGUCAUCCGCUCUUUCAGUAACGGUAUUGACUGUGACAAGAGCUGUGAACGCACAGAGCCCUGCUUCCCCAUCGAGAUUCCCAAGCAAGACCCUCGCUUCGGCAAAAACUCAGAGGAGUGCAUACCCUUUUUCCGCUCAGCAGCAGGUUGUGGUUCUGGCAACACAGGCCACUUGUUCGGUGCAAGCACCAUCCGUGAGCAGAUGAACUCUCUCACAGCUUUCAUUGAUGUGGGCCAGGUGUACGGUUCAGAUGAUACCAAAGCUCGCUUCCUCCGGGACCUCUCCUCAGACAAAGGCCUUCUAAGGGUCAACACACAGUACACCGACAAUGGCCGUGAGCUCCUGCCCUUCACCAACAUGGGUGCCAACAUGUGUGCAACACGAACCCGUAUUACUAAUGAUGCUAAUGCUGAGGAGGUACCCUGCUUCCUGGCUGGUGAUGAACGCUCCAAUGAGAACAUUGGUCUGACCUCUCUGCACACACUGUUGAUGCGUGAGCACAACCGUCUGGCACGUGCUCUGGCCAAACUCAAUCCUCACUGGAAUGGGGAGAAACUCUACCAGGAGGCCCGCAAGAUCAUGGGAGGAUAUUUCCAGGUUCUCACCUUCAGAGACUAUUUGCUCCACAUUGUUGGUCCGGAAUUUGUUUCCAAGCAGCUGUCCACCUAUCCUGGCUAUGAUGAAAGUGUGGACCCCAGCAUCUCCAAUGUGUUUGCCACAGCUGCCUACCGAUUUGCUCACCUGAUGGUUCAGCCUUUCAUGUUCCGUCUUGAUGAGAAUUACCAGGAGCACCGUGAUUACCCCACCCCACUGCUGCACAAAGCCUUCUUCACACCAUGGAGGAUCAUCUUCGAAGGUGGGCUGGACCCAGUCCUGAGGGGGCUGGUGGGUCGCCAGGCCAAGCUCAACACACAGGAUCACAUGAUGACUGAUGAGCUGAGGGAGAGGCUGUUUAAAUUCUCCACCGAGCUGGCGCUGGAUCUGGGCUCUCUCAACAUGCAGAGAGGCAGAGACCAUGGACUCCCUGGUUACAACAAAUGGCGCAAGUUCUGUGGGUUGUCACAACCACGAAAUCAGAAACAACUGGGAAGAGUGCUGAAAAAUAAUAAACUGGCCAAGAGCCUGCUUGAUCUCUAUGGCAAACCUGACAACAUCGAUGUGUGGCUGGGAGGAGUGGCUGAGCCAUUCGUCCAGGGAGGAAGAGUGGGACCCCUGUUUGCCUGCCUGAUUGCCACUCAGUUCCAAAGAAUCCGCCAGGGAGACCGGCUAUGGUGGGAGAACAAGGGGGUCUUCACCGAGGCUCAGAGGGAGUCCCUGAGGGAAACAUCACUUGCCCGCAUCAUCUGCGACAACACCGGUAUCACCGAAGUACCAGAGCAGCCCUUCCAGUACAGGGAGAGAAGGUCUGGUUACACUAAAUGCAGGAACAUCCCUGCCUUUGACCUCAGUCCAUGGAAGGAGAAUACGAAGUAGAAAUUCUCACUGCAG